ACCUCAAACUUCCACAACAAUAGAAGCAACUAUGGGUACAGCAAGUAGUACAAUAGCUGAAACAUCAAAAUCAGAAACAUCAACAACAGUUGAAACAACUUCGGGUACCCCAAGUAGUACAAUAGCUGAAACAACAAUUAAACCACAAACUUCCAUAACAAUUGAAAAAACUACGGAUACCCAUAGUACAACUGCUGCUGAAACAACCACAAAACCUCAAUUUUCCACAGCAAUAGAAACAACUACUGCUACCCCAAGUAGUACAAUAGCUGCAACAACAACAAAACCGCAGACUUCCAUAGCAAUUCAAACAACUACCGGAACCCCAAGCAGUACAAUAGCUGAAACAACAACACCGGAAACAUCAACAACAAUAGAAAUUACUACAGUUAAUCAAAGUAGUACAAAAGCUGAUGCAACAACAACAACACCUCAAACUUCCACAACAAUAGGAACAACUGCGGGUACCUCAAGUAGUACAAACUCUGAAACAACAAUAACAACACAAACUUCCACAGCAAUUGAAACAACUAAUGCUGCACAACCUACAACUGCUGCUGAAACAACCAAGACACGUCAAAUUUCCACAACAAAAGAAACAAGUACAGAUGCCCAAACUACAACUUCUUUUCAAACAACAAAUCAUGAAACUUCCGCAACCACAGAAAAUACUUUGUCAAUCCAAACUACAACAACAGGCACAACGACAGCAACACCACAAACUUCCACAGCAAUUGAAACAACUACCGGUACCCAAAGUAGUACAAUUGCUGAAACAAUAACAGCAGAAACAUCAACAACGAUAGAAAUAACUUCCUCUACCCAAAGUAGUACAAAAGCUGGAACAACAACACCAGAAACUUCCAUAACAAUUGAAACAACUACCACUACCCAAACUACAAAUGCUGCUGAAACAAUAACAACACCUCAAAUUUCCACAAUAAUAGAAACAACUAUGGGUUCCCAAAGUAGUACAAUAACUGAUGCAGCAACAACAACACCACAAACUUCCACGACAAUUGAAACAACUACAGCUACCCAAACUACAACUUCUGCUGAAACAACAAAACCUGAAACUUCCACAAGCACAGAAAAAACAAUACCUAUCAAAAGCACCACAACAGCUGUAACAACAACAAAACCACAAACUUCCCAAACGAUUGAAACACCUACUGGUGCAAAGUAG